AUCAGUCAAAAAAAUUAAAUACAGAAUAAAAAUUCUUUUAUUGAUUCUUAAAAGUUCUUUAAAAUUAAUUAUAUUAUUAAAUUUUCACAUUUUUAAAUUAAUUUAAAAUAAGUUGUGUUUAAAAAUGCAAUCAAAUUUCAUAUAAAUUUUAAUUACAAUGGGGUGGAUUCAAAAGUUUAUUUGCUGGCUAAUAUUAAUUAUAAAUGCGUGUAAUAAGAUAGAAUUUUCAAAUGCAUCGCGUAAUGAAGAUUUUCUCUCAACUUACAAUCAAGUGCUAGACAUCUUGAAGUUGUGUGUUCCGGACCGGCUCAACCCUCUCAUUGUAAGUAAUGAUUUGAUUGACUUAAUUUACCCACCGUCAUGGCAGGGCGAUGAUUAUUCGACUUCUAUUAUGAUUAUUGAUGACGAUUUUGAAACAAAUAAUAUUCAAUUGUACAAUCCGGCGUAUCCUACGUAUCUGUUAUCUGCUGAUUCAAUUGUGAAACCCCGAUCUUUGAUAAGCAACCUACAAUCUUCUUCAUGGUGGAACAUAAUUUCUCACUUUUUUGUAAUUGAAACUCGUGAAAAUUUAUGUAAAGAUUCUUCAAAAGUUCUCCAAUUGCUGUGGAAAGCAGAUUUACUCUCUUCAUUCUACAUAUGUAGCGAUUCGAACAACAAAACAAUGGUCUAUACCUUUAACCCCUUUACAAGACGGGCUCCGAAUUAUUGGGAAGAAGUUGACACGAUCGACAAACCGAAUGACAAAUGGACUCUCUAUAAGCAGCCUUUCAUAAACGACAAAAGCAUAUGUCAGAACCUGACAUUUGACAAAACUGAAUUUUUGGACGGGCACGAAGUUAAAGCAGGGGCAAUACCUGAAUUAAAUGAAACAUCCACUAUAAACAGAACCCGCGAUAUUGAAAGCUGUCGCACAGUUUUACCGUACAAUCAUUAUUUGUUUCUGAAAACUAUAUUUCCCGUGUUAAAUGUCACACCCAUAAUUACUUACACUUCGGCUGAUAAUCUAAACUUCCAAAAUGGUACACAUGAUAUCGGUUUAAAUACUCGGUAUAAGGGAGCUGAAUUCGAUAUAGUUGACUAUUCAGAAUUAUUUUAUGAGGAGGGAUAUAUGAUACUUACUCAAAAAAGAGGUAUGACACAAGUAUUUGAACAAGUUUCUAACUUUCUCGACCUGGAGACCACAUUAUUUAUUGUAUUUUUAUUAUUUAUUACUUUUAUUGCAAUUAUACGAAAUAAUAACCGACAGUACGGCCUAGGAUUACUAGACAUAUUGAGUUUGAUUUUGAGCAGAGGGAUCUUAGCGCCACUGAACAAACUUUAUAUACGCGUUAUUUUUAUCAUAGCAACAGUUGUUAUUUUUUUUGUGACCCCGGCAUUGCAAGGAUACUUUUUGAGUUUCAUAACGAAACCGGAAGUUAAAAAUGUUGAGACCCUACAAGACCUCGUUGACUUAAAAUAUAACAUUUACGCGCAUCCCAGUGUAGAACAAAUAUUGCGAGACAAAUUGGAAUGGAAAGACUCAUAUGACAAAUACUUGCACCUUCCCGAAAAUGUAAGGAAACACUGCUAUGAAAAAAUUUUAACUGACGAUUCAACCGCUUGUUUAGCUCUGUAUACUUUUCAACUGGAAAUGGCACGGAAACACAAAAACUUGCAUUUAUCAAAACAAUUUUUUGCUAAGAGUUCUAUGUCAUUCAAAAUGCGGAAGAAUUGGCCGCUGAAAAAUAAAUUUGAUAAAAUAGCUGCACAGUUACGAGAAUCCGGUUAUUUAGAUUAUUGGGAGAAACAGUCGUUUUAUUAUCAGUUGAAAAAAUUAAAGGCUAUUGAGGCGAAAAAAACGUCUGCGGAAAAUCUUCAGUUGGCUCUUCAAGAUUUUGAGUUUGGUUUUUUGGUUUUUUCAAUGGGUUUGAUUUUCUGGACAGUUGUUUUUGGAAUAGAAAAUUUGAUUAAGAGGGUAAUACAAAAACGGAGACGCGCAGUGAGACGUGAACCGCGAUUUAUUAAAUUACGACAGAGACUUCGGUACCGUGAUGGAAAAAUUUUUAUUAUCAAUGAAUAUUUGUAAUUUUUUUGAGGAUAUUUUGUUGCAUAUUCUAUCACACACUGUUUUGAUUGCGAGUUUUCCAAAAAAAUGAGUAGUAGGACCCGCGUGUUUUUAAAUUGAAUAAGACAAUGGUGAUAUUUUUUUGCACGUUUGAUAUCAAUGAAGUUUGAACUUUAAAUAAAAUUUGAAAAGUUAUUACUCAAAGUAUGAUGUUUGGAAAUUUGAUUAUUUGUUAUAUAUAUACUUUUAGUAGCGUGAAUUGAGUGUUGAAUUAAAAAACAGUAGAAAAAUACAAUUCCUAUUAAGGAAAUGUCAUAAAGUUUUAAUUAGGGAGGUAUUGACGUAGUAGUAGUCAACACGGAAAAAAAAUA